GACCAUUUCUCCACGGUGGGGGGUGUUGAUGGGGGGGGGGCAUGCACUAUAUUUAUUGCUUCUGUAGCUGGCACCCGAGUGAGAGGCCAGGCGGUGCUGUUACCCUGAAUUCACACGUUCCGACCACAGGGUGUCACGCGAAGACGGUCGUGCGCCUGUCUGCUGGACCACAGAGCAGGAAGAGGAAAUGCGCUCCUCUCCACUGCCGGUUCCUCUCUUCUUCACUAACCGUCUUCUGGGUCUUGCCGCGUCGUACCCCCCACUCGGGCGCCGUCGCACUCUGUUUCGUCCUCUUCUCAGUUCUCUCGCUGCUUCCGGGUCCCGGUUUUCUUGCUCCUCUUACGCUAAAGCAUAUCAUUUCAUAACAGGGAAGUUUUUGGCAUAGUGCAUAGAACUGCUGCGUUACGAUCCACGAACCAAGGUUCGAGUCCCACUCCUGCUGCAGUACCUAUAGAGCAAAGUACUCUCCCUCAGUUGAUAAGUGCGUCCACCUGCAUCCCAGCUGUAUAAAGAGGUGAAAGCGACAUUCACUGGUCCCUCUGGCCUUGCUAACCCUGUCUUCAGCAGCAAUGGAGGAGUCCACGGACAAAGUCCUGGAAGAAGCCUUUCUUCAGGUCAACACUCCCGAUGACCUCGAGAUGUUUCAAGAGGAGAAAAGAAAAAUAAUCCAGCCAACAUCUCUGAAUAACCCUGGCCUGGAGAAGCUGAAAGAGGUGUUGAUUACAUGGAUCAACAGCACCCUGAAGCAAGAGCACAUCGUGGUUCAGAGCCUGGAGGAGGAUCUGUAUGAUGGACUGGUGCUUCACCACCUCCUGGAAAGGCUUGCGGGUGUGCGACUGUCUGUGGAGGAGAUCGCGCUGACCAGAGCUGCUCAGACUCAUAAGGUGGAGGUCACCCUGGAAGCCCUGAACCAGAGCCUUGGGGUGGACAGUGAGGCCUCCUCCAGGUGGAGUGUCAGACUAAUCCACUCAAAGGACCUCCUGGCUACACUGCACCUCCUGGUUGCCAUGGUGAAGCGCUUCCAGCCUGACCUGCAGCUUCCCUCCGGCAUCAGUGUGGAAGUGCUACUGGUGGAGGUGACCAAAGGGGGCAUCAAGUCCGACAAACAGACGGAGCAAAUUACGGAAGCAGGAAAGUCUUCUAAGGACCAGAAUGCAAACCGAGCCGACCCCAUCGACGAGCUCCUGAGGAUGGAGCCGCAAAAAGUGGACACGGUGAAGAAGGCCAUCGUGCACUUUGUCAACAAGAACAUGGCACCACUGGGGCUCCAGGUGACUGACAUGGAGAAGCAGUUUGCAGAUGGGGUGAUCCUUCUCCUGCUUAUUGGACAGGUUAAGGGGUAUUUUAUCCCGCUCAGCGACUUCAACCUCACCCCCGUGACAAACUCUGAAAUGCUUCAGAAUGUGACGUUGGCCCUGGAUCUUCUCAACGACGAGGAUCUGCUCGUGUCUGGUGUUGAGCCCGAAGAUAUCAUCUCCCAGGACAUGGCUGCCACCUUGAAAGUCCUGUAUGCUAUAUUUAAGAAGCACAAGAAUAUAUAAGAAAUAAUGUCUGUAGGGAUGGCAAGGAGAAGAAUCACAGGCAACGAGGAUCUUCUACUUACUUGUUCCAGAAGACCUUUUGAAAGCCAUCUGUCAUGAUCUCCAAGGAUAUGCAGCUCACCCAGGAAUCCAUGGAUAUUGGACUCUGUCCAGAUUUGAUAUUUUUAGCAGCAUGCCUUUCUGCGGUUUUAAAUAUGCAGCUAUUUUGGAAAGUGGAACAUAUAUUUCAGGUACCACGAGGCUAAACCAGAAGAGCAGUUAUUGACGACGGAUGGAAGUUUUCGGCUGCCAAGAAACAGACACGUGUCAAGAUGGUCUGUGGUGUUUUGCUGCAUACCUUGUUUUUGCCUGAUGCUAAAGAAGAUCUGAUGCUCAUCUCAAAUUUUCUAGCUCGACUCUCAGAAUUUUUCCCUUUAUCUUUCCCUAUCCUGAAUCACGAGGUGCUGUCAUUGUAGUAAAAUCACGUUGCUUUCCCAGCCCUUUAUUCCCUCAGCUCCUCAUCCUGAAGAGCAGUUUGGCAGAUUAAUGGCUUUCACGGCAUCUGGAAGCCAAAGAACAUCAGAGACACUGGUUUUUAAACACCCUGGAGGCCCAGUGGAGUCAGCAAACAGCUACAAUUACUGCUGGGAACACCGUCAGUGGUGAAUCCACACAAGUCUUGAGAAUUUUGAGAGUAUUUGCGUAUUUUACUAAUGUUUGUAAUAGAUAAAAUGGUCAAGAGUAGGAAGAUAAAAUAGAAUGAUAUUCAUAGAUGGAGAUCCAAUCAUUUAUUGUAACAAAGACACCAGUGGGUUUUUAUCGCCCUCGUUCUACAAACUUGUUUAGCGGUUCGUUUUAAACUCACGCCAAGAUUGCGUCGUUCCAACAGUGCUUUUUAACCGUUCUUCAAGAUGCUUUGACUGUCUUGGAACACUUGUGGGCGCUGUCGAGUUUAGCACGGUAUCCGGUGUGAGCCAUGUGGCAGUUGUGCUCCUGCGCUGGCUGUAGAUGCUGCUGCGUCUAAAACAGUGUGUGUAACUGUCUAUACCAGCAAGAGCAUGCUGCGAUGCUUUGUUAGCGCUGAUCAAUGAGCUCACACACACACACACACACACACACACACACACUUGUUACCAGCAAGCUAUGAUUACUGUAAUGCUCUAUAUACUGGUGAAAACCAGAACUGGUGAAUGAUGCUGCAGCUAGAGCCUCGACUCAUUGAACACCUGUACUAGUUAAAUUGCCUUGCUUCUCUAUAAGUUGUAGAACUGAUUUUAAGAUUCCUUUGCUAGUUUGUACACCCUUAAGCAGACGAGGAUGUUAUGGAAUGUUUUUCGGAAUAUAUUCCGAGCCGUGCUCUCGGACGUUUAAGCGCAAACCUACUGUAUUUUCCUGAAGCUGCACGUGAGAUGACUGGAGAACGGAUUUCUGUUAACGUACGCCAAAAUUAUGGAACGAAAUUCCACCGUAUAUUGGAGUGGCAGGUUCUGUGGACACCUUCAGAAAGCUUUGAGUUAACAUUUUAGUUUUAUACUUAUCUCAGCGCUUCAUUUUUCUAACUUUUUUUUUGUGAAGCACUUUGAGCUGCGACAAUUGUAUGGA